GAUCAACAGAGGUGCGUACGUUUUUUGUAUUUAGCACAAAUAUUUUUUAUAUUGAGGAAGGGAUAACAUAAAAUAAAAUAUUAACAAUAUGGUAGUAUCUUGUGUAAUAGAGUUCGAUAAUAGUUCUUCAGACACAUAUUUCGCUGACCAAAUUCUUAAGGGUAAAGUAAUACUCAAUGCAGAUAAGCCGAAAAAAAUCAAAGCUGUGGUAGUUAAAAUUGCUGGCUUUGCUAAUAUAAAAUGGUCAGAAAAAACAAGUUCGUCGAGCACGGAUAGUAAAGGAAAAACGACAUAUAUACCCAGCACAUAUUAUACGGGACGUGAGGAUUACUUAGCAAAAUCAGUAUGUAUUUUAGGUACCGAUAAAGGACAAUCCGAAGUCACAAUAGAACCAGGUAAACAUAUUUACAGUUUUGAUUGCCAUAUUCCGUCACAUUGUCCCACUUCUUUUGUGGGUCGUUUUGGGCAUAUCAGAUAUGUAGUGCAAGUGACACUUACACGUUCGUGGAAAUCUGAUCUGGUAUUCACAAAAGACUUUACCGUAUUAACAAUAAAAGAACUUAAUUACGAACCAAAUUUGCUCAACCAGUGCACACUUCUGCACAGAAGACAGUUAGCAGUUGGCCAAAUAAAUCGGCACCAUUGCAAUUGGACUUAG